UGCGGGGUUAUGGCCAAGUUGAAUCCAAGAUGGAUCUCAAUCACAAGUUUUUCAAGAUUUUACACUUUUUAAAGUUUUGGUUCGUCUACAUAUUGGGGUCAAUUAUCCAACCACAGCUUCAGCUUAUGAAAUCUUAACCCCUUGAUUUGCCCCUUUCCCUCUGCUGUUUUAUGCUUUUUGGGUAAAGGUUGUCCUUGAUUUUCUAGCUAGGAAGGGAUUGUUUUGUCUAACUAUCCCGUGAAGAGAACUUAAUAAUACCUAAUAUCAAGUUUCACAGUUACAUACCAAGCAGCAGAGAGUUUGAAAAAUAUAAAAGCUAAAACCCAAGGCAUCAACAUAUGAACAAGCACCACCAUGCCAAACAGACUAUAGUACUGCGUGUCACACCCAAUCUUUCCUUAAAUACCUCCACUGAUGGUGACACCACCACCUCCCAAUGUCCAAUUCCUCCUAAUGUCCAAUCUAAACCUCCUCUGGCACAUCUUAAGACUGUUUCCUCGUCUUGACACUGGUUGCCUGGGAGAAGAGGCCAACCUACACCUGGCUACACCUUCCCUUCAGGGAAUUCAAGAGAAAGGCAAGAUCACCGAGCCUCCUUUUCCCCAAGCUAAACAACCCCAACUCCCUCAGCCACUCCUCGUAGGACCUGGGCUCCAGACCCUUCAUCAGCUCCCUUGCCCUUCUCUGGACUCACUUUCACCACUUUAUAGCUGCAGAAGUCCUAAGUGACAAGCAAAGCCAAGAAUAAGAAUAUCCAGACUUAAAUCCUGUCCCUAACUGUAACUGCUAAACCAGAUUUACUAAGCACUAAAACGAGGGUUCCGGGGAGCAAGCAUCACAAGAAACAACUCCAGCAACAGCUGCUGAAAAGUAAAAACACACGUUCUUCCUUUCCCGGCCUCACUCGUGCCCUGUCCUCUCCGAAGUCCAGCCACAUCCCCGCGCCGGCGCGGCUCUUCAGGAGGCGGCACAAGAUGGAGGCGGCAGGGCGAAACCUCAGGGCUCUGCCGAAAGCGGAUGCGGGGUGCAGGAGGGAGCAGGAGCACCAGCAGCAGAACGCCGGAAGCAGCCGGGAAAAACCCAGAGGGCCGCCGCUGCCCCAGGAAGUGUCCUGAUAGUUACGAUCAGCCGUCCACAGGGCCAGGCAGGGCAGAGUCCGGGCCGCAGCAACGGCAGGCCGCAGGGGCAGGACAUUGCCGGCCCCGCCCGCCCGUCGCCGUGGCCAUGGGAACGGCGGCCGUGGCCGAGCCACUCGGCGGGGUGGGCUCUCCGCCGGAUCUUCGGCCGCUCCUUCGGUACCGGGCCUCGCCGGGACGGCAGCGCCCUGCCCGCGGCCCCGCUCCACUGCAGCCCCGGUUGGCGGCACCGGUGAAGGCACCAAUAUUAUGAAGCAUGGCUACUGGACUGAUCCAUUUCCCAGCCUGCAGUUUGUGCUUCAAAGGCGAAGAUCCAGUGCCUGCAUAUAUUGGUCAAAGAUGGAGGACUCAGCAGCGCCUGGAGACUCUUCAGAAGCUUGCUGUAGGUCAGUCUUCUCUUCAGAUACCUCGGAUUGUGUAUGAAGAUCCUGAAGUUGAUGGAAGAAAUCGCUACAAAUAUUUUGCACGACCUCUUAAACUGCCUCCAGCAGGUGUUCCAGAAGCUGUUGCACAUACAAAGACAGAGACAGAGUCGCAUGUACAGUCAGUUGCAGGAGACAGCCAGGUCUUUGGACUCAUGUUCCGAACUCUGGGGACUCAGACAGAUUACAGGGAUGGUGAAGCACAGACAGAUCCCUAUUCCCCUGAAUAUAUAGUUCGCAGUGGCUCAGUCCCUGAAAUUCUGACACUUGCUACACUCUCUUGGGGUCGGGGGCUGCCAGCAGGACAAGCUGAGAUGGAAAUAAUUGACCGCAUCCGGGAAAAACAUGCUUGGGAAGCAGCACUGCCACCCAUGGACAGUCCAUCAAACGUUGCAAAGAGGUUGAAGAUGAUGGAGGCUAUGGAAAGGAAGGAGUGGGCCUAUAGAGAAGAGGAAAUAGAUAAGUUGCAGAAGGUUCAAGUGGAAGUCUUUAAGAAGCUGCUGCAGAGGCGAGAGGAGAAUCAGAAUGAGCUGGAUGCCACACGCUUGUACAACCACUGGCAAAAUCAUCAGAAGGCUAAAGAAGAGAAAAUAAGAAAGAUUCGGUGUGACUGUGCUUUAAUGCUCAGGAAACUGAUAGCUAAGAGCAAGAAUUGGAUGGGAAAGCUGGAGAGACGAGAUAUCAUCAAAGAGUAUAAUGACUUUUCAUCACAAACAUAUGCUCCUUUGUCUCGAAUUGGUUUUUUCCCAGACAACAAUUCUGACUACUAUGUGGUAAAAAACUUCUAUCUUAACACUGUUGCAGGAUUGUGUGAACUGGAAAAAUCUGUCCAGCAUUCUGUCUUCCAGCUCAAGAUAAAAGCUCCAAAACCUAAAUGCACUAUCACUAAGACUGGCUAUAUUAGAAGGUCAGGAAGACUAGAGGCAGUUCUGGCACAAGUUCACCAGGCACUACUGGAUAAGAAGAAUAAAGUCAAGGAGCCAAAGAAGCCUCCCCCUGUCCAUGAAAAAGUAGAAAGCCCUGUUCCUCAGCCAUCCACUUUAAUCCUGGAAAAACCAUCAAUUGAGGAAGAGGAAAUAGACCUGGCAGUGAUCUGUCUGCAGAAGUUGCUCCGAGGCAAGGCUCUUCAGAACAUGAUAUUUGAAGGGAAGGAGAAGCGCCUGGAUCUGAUCCAAGAGCUGCGCACCACUCAUGCACUCCAGGAGGAUGGACAGCUGCUCAUGAAGGCACAGAAGCAAAUGACACAGUCUUUACAGCAACAGCAUGACUCACAAAUGCACCAGCUGUCAGCACUGGAAAGAGACUUGGCCAUGGUAGAAGGAAGGACACUGGCGAACAUGCUUGAUUUUCUGGCCAAAGAGCUGGUGAGGCUGCAAGAAGAACAGAAGAUCCAUGCUUUGAUCAUGCUGGCUGAGAGGCAGAGGCGGAUGCGGGAAGCAGAGGAGAGUGGACAGCGGCAGCUGGAAGAGAGCCGGCGGCAGGAGGAAGAUGAGCUUUUCAGACAGGUGGUGAAUGUUCAGGACAGAACCAUUGACACCUACUUGGAAGACGUUAUCCUGAGUAGCAUGGAGAGGACUGCUAAAGAGCAAGCCAGGGAAGAGGUUCAGCAAAGGGCUGUAGAAAUCAAUAACAUUGGUUACAAAAUGGAAAGUCGUCAAACUCGCCUACAGUCAGAAGAGAUUGUAGCAGAGCUGGUUUAUAAUUUCCUGAUCCCAGAAGCUGAGAAAAGCUUUAUGAGAGAAAGAGUGAGGCAGUCCCAAAGAAAACACAUCUACGCUGCUCAUUGGAUCAUCCACAGGGGCACAGAGAGGGCUCUGGCUGAUCUGGCCGCGCAUCAGGAGGCAUCUGCCACCAAGAGAAAGGAGGAUUCUCCUGCUGGGACUGCCAGCACAGCUCUGAGUGGGACAGCUGCUGAACCAAGUGCAGCUGACAGCACUCAGCCUGCCACAGUUGCACGUGAACUUGGACAAGGCUUCCACAAGGAUCCCACAGCCUCCUAGGACAGAAGAUGAGUGAGGGCACCCUGGAUGGAAAACCCUCUCUCUUCUUCGGGCUGUCCCUCCUGCUGGCUGCCAGCAGUGUUGUCCUGAACCAUUCUGUAUACAUUUUGGUGUGGCAGCUUCCUUCACUCCCUCCCCAGUUUGCUUUGGUCUUCAUUAGCUAAUUUUUCUCUUCUGAUUAUUUAGAGAAGCUUGAGUGAGAAAGCAGAGUUAGCAUUCCUUGUUUGUUUUCCUGGCACAAUAAAAUAAAAACUAUAAAAAUCUGAA